GUUGCAUUAACCUUAUCGUGUUAGCUGUGGGGGUGAUACUGUUCAUAGCCAUUCUAACCAAAGCCGAUAGCACGAGGAACGUGCAAAGCUUCGUCCGGAUAGAUGUUUCCAAGAUAAAUCCAAAAAACGCAACAGAAACGACCACGGUGGCCAAUGGAAAUGCAACGGAAGGCACCACGAAAGAGACGACAACGGCAAUUACGAGCAGCGGAACGGCUCCAGUAGCUAGCACAACGGAGACCUCGACAAUAACCAGCUCGAGCACGACUAGCAUUCCAUCUAGCACUCCGGCAUCCACUACCACGGAAGUUACCAUGAAGCCAAUCAAUCUAAACCCAGUUUUGAUUCCUCCAGACCGCCGUGCAGCUAAGAUAAUCCCAAAAGGAUACUAUUGUCGUUGUGAUUUGAAGAUAAAUAUUUGCGAGAUUAACUGUUGCUGCGACAUCGACUGCGGUGAUGCGGCGUUGAAGGCAUUUGACUGUAACCAGGAGCAGCUGGACACCGUCGAUUAUCAUCACGACGAGGGACUACAGUCAUGCCGGGUGCAAGGUGGAUUGCUGUGCCUUAUCGAACCCAUCCAUGAAGAAGGCGACGAACUACAAUACAACCAGAAUCGUAAACAAGAAGCAAUGAAACACCGCUGGAAGCAUGUGUUUCCUGUUGAUUCAAGCGAUCCAGACGAUUCACGGCUUGGCCACUACCGUGUAGAAGAUUUACUUUACUUCUACAAUGAAACAAGCGAGUCGGUUGAACCUUUUACUCUUCCAUAUUCGCUCACCGGAAAUGAUUGCCACAUCGAACAGCACGUGCGAUUCUUGCGAGAUCGUAGUAACCGCUGCCGACGACUGGUGGACGAUGUGACAUCUUUCAACAGAAGAUUUCUGUCUCUGCAAGCCAGUAAUCGUUUCUUCCGUUCCCCCAAAAAAUCCAUGGUUACCGAGCAUCCGUGCACGGCGGACGCCGAUUGUCUUAAUGUGACUCUCACCAUCUGCCGCCCAACAAACGCCAGUAAUGGUUGGAGCUGCAUCAACGCAGGUAACACAACCAAUGCCACCACAUCGGAUACGCUGGGUUUGUUGGAAGUAUCCGAAGAUGAAUACGAACUCCAAUGUAGCAGGAUUGAACUGUGGUUUCGUCACAAUUUUACUGAUCUGCUCGCCGUCGAUGCAACACUUUUUUGCGAACGGGACAACGGUGCCUCGGAAUCGGAUUAUGGAUGGCAAAGGAUUACCGUACGGUUUGAAGCCCAACCUUCACGAAAUGUAAGCUACUCGGUCAGUGGUAACCUUGGUUACUUGCGUCAGAAACCACUUAUCGUGACCCACUAUGAGUUGCCAUCAACGAACUCCACAAAUCCAGUAUUCGGUGACGGAGUUCCUGAAAUACGACCUUCCGAACCAACGAAGCAACCAAUGAAAACUAUAUUGGCCUACUUUACUAAUGGAACGCGCCUGCCAGAUGAAACCUUUCGUAUCCGGUUGCCAGUUAGUAGACGGAAUCGUUGCCAGCUAUCGGAGAAAAUUCACGAGACAAUCGAUUUCGGAGUUGAUUCCUGGCAUCGAUGUAAUUACGUUCCAUCAAUGCAAGCUAUUAACGAUACCAAAGGAAAUGAUGCUCGCAAUUACACUACGUUCUGUCGUGGACUUCAGGAACGGCUCUACGCUCUGCUCCUACCCGGUAUUCUAUCCGAUGAUCGUUAUGAUCAUGCCAACCUGUACGUCUCCAAGUAUGGUAAUCCUGUCAACCGCACAGCCGACUGGAUUCCAUUGCGGACCGUCAAUGCAAUCAGCGAGACACAACCGGGAGGUGAAGAGACGGUUGAGCAUUUCACCUGUCGGAACAUGCACAUUAAUGUAGACUACCGGUUCUACUAUGCAAUUGAACGUGUUCAAGAGGUCCGCCACCAGGCGAUCGUGCACGACGGUGAGAUCGUAUUCGGACCACGGGUGAACUUACGCUUCCGGCUGGACGAGGAGAUCCGUAUACCGAUCUUUGUUCAGGUACAAUUCUUCGAUCUUACCUCAUCGGCCAGGGACAAUCGACCAUCGCUCUGGACCGGAUGGUUUAUAUUCCUUACAGGUGUGUUGUGUUUGUGCGGUUUUCAAUAA